GACAGCGUGACAGCCACAGAAAGAAAUUCCAAACAUUUGUCAGAAAUGGGCGAUAGCAUCGAGCUGAAUGGCAAUGAUGCCGAUGAGAGAUGGCCGAGGCAAGAUAUUUAGUCUGCUAACUUUGCUGCAGGCAACUAAAAACUUGCGACAUCAGACAGAGAAAAACAACUGUGGCACAAGUGGAAUGCAAAAGUGAUUGGUCGUCAGUGUUUUGAUCUGCGUGACAGUGCGACCAAGUAAGGAAUAAGUGAAAGACUGGUGAGUUUAUUUCUGGUUUUAUUGCCCAACGCAACAUGGUCAUGAGUUUUUUUUUAGCUGGUUGACCUGAAGUUUAACAGGACGAACUUCAUAAAUCGUGCUCCGCAUUCAUCUGUUGUGACACAACGUUCGCAUCGAAUACUCCACAUGACAGGAGACAACGCGUUGACAUUUCCACUCGAAUUGGAGCUGCCUGUCGUGAACGGGAACAGACAACAGCGGUUGAUUACCCACAUAGCACGAGCGGAUGAAGCUGACGAGAUAUUUGAAUUUCUGUUACGCCAUUUCUUUCCGCUGGCACCCAUCCGCCAACUGGGAUUGUAUGACGAAUCGGAAGAGGCCAAGCGACCUGAAUGGAUACAAGAUCUCGUCCGUGAUUGCGUCAAAACGCCUCAUUCGCUGCUCGUGCGGGAUGUCUGCCGACACCAGCAAAUCGUGGCAGUGGCCAUCAACGAAUUCAAGACAAAGAAUUCGACGGAUGUUGGCCCAUCAUCGGAGCCCUACGCCAGUAAAAGUUCGAACCCAGCUCAGAUUCCCGUCGGCCGAUUGCACAAGGCUGUGCUCGAGUACAUCAACCGAGAUGUCAACGUCUUUGACAUUUACAAAACGGAUUUAAAAAUGGAGUUGAGCAUUCUGGCUGUGGAUGAUGGGUAUGCUCGCCAAGGUCUAGCUACAAAGUUGGUGGAAUUUUCGCUGGGAAUUGCGCGGGCCGAAGGUGCGGGAGCAGUUUGGACAGAAGCCCUUAGUGAGUAUACGGCAAAAGUGACCUCUAAGUUUGGCUUCGACAUUCUGAGAACCGUUAAGUAUUCCGAAUUCAAGUUCGACGAGGACUUUCCAUUGGCCAAUAUCCCAGGGCACAGAGUGGGCCACUUGAUGGCACUCAAAAUCUGAAAUAUUUAAAAAAAGAGUUCGCCUUUUUAUCACUGAUCUUAUCCAAUCAUGCUGGUGUCGUCAUAUGUGUGUUGUGUCAAUGCAGUCUCAGAGAGAGUUGAACAAUAAAACGGCAAAAUAAAGAUUGUUAUCCAGCAGCCUGGUACAUAAAAUUCAAUUUAUCUGUUUUAGUAUUAUAGGUUAAAGUCUACUGGUUGGUUGUUAAUCCUUUUAGGUCGUCGAGUCAUUUUUUUUUUCGUCUUUAACUCUUAUAUAUCAAUUGAGCCGCAGGCGAAAAGGAGGAAAAAACAAAAAUUUAACAUUCGUUUCCCGCGACACUGUUAUAUGGAGGCAGUUCGACCGUCGUCUCCGCGUGAACUACAUGCUAUUUUCCACAUUGCAUAAUAAUAUGACCAGCAGUAACAAGGAUGAAGCUUUCCAAGUUGGACAAAAGAGCUAUUUUCACGCCAUCCGUUUCGGUGAAAGUUGCAACAUUCUUUUCCGGUGGAAGAGAAGUCUCUACAAGAUGAUUUGGAGGCAUUCACUCGUUUUUCUAGUCGUUUACUUCUCAUUAACCGCCCUAUACAAUUUCGGCUUGAACGAAAAACAGAAAGAACACUUUGAGGCUUUGACCGCCUAUUUCGCCCGCUACACGCGCUCGUUUAACUGGAUGAUUAUGCUCGGAUUCUUCACGAACACGGCGUUGCAUCGCUUGUUCACCAUGCAAAUGAAUACGCCAGGGACCGCUAGAACGACCACCAUCUUCCUCAUGUCGCUGAAACCAAAUUUACCCGAAGGUCCAGCGAUUGUUGACCAGUACGCUCGUUGGGUUGUCCUCGCGUGGAUACUCACAUUUCGCAUCGUGUGCAAACCUUUACGAGACAAAUUUCCAAAUUUAACUUCUAUCCAAAAUUCAGGGAUUCUUCUGGAGGAAGAGAAGCAUAUACUUCAGCGCGGAAGAUAUCCUCCACCACCACGCCCUUUGAUCGUUAUUGAAUGGAUGCUUCUACUGUUAAAGGAAUGUUUGAUACAGGGCCGAUACAUUAAUAAAUCGAGCCACAACAAGAACGUUGAAGCCAUCAUGACAUUCAAGAAGAACUGCAGCAACGUAAUUAAAUUCUCAACGCAAAACAUUCCAUACGCCGUGAUUCAGGCCGUCAUCAUAGUGGUUUAUUGGUUCGGAUUGGUCACGGCUAUGGCUCGCAAUCUGCCAAAAUUUGAUAACGAAAUCGUUCGGCAUGUCAUCGGAUAUUUUCCUGUGAUGCCCUACAUUCAGUUUUUCGUCUUCAUCGCUUGGCUGAGUUUCGGAAGAGCGGCCGUUAAUCCGUUCGGAAAUGACGACACCGACAUUGACGUCAAGCAACUUUGUGAAGCCCACAUCCAGGACUCCUUGCGGCUGACGGAACUUUACAAUAAAAGACUGGAAGAUGUGUUCUAUAACUUGCCGCAAAAGCAAUUUAAACUUGACUAUGCUCAGCAAGUAGCGCUACAAUCAGCCCUUUCGGAGACCUACUGUUGAAUACCUUAUUGGCACAAAUUCAAUACGACGUACCUGCUGCUGUCGACCUCGGGUUGUUAUACCUAAGUGACGAAUGGUUGAAAUGUAUAUCGUCAAUCCGCAAUCUGUAAUUUACCGUGUAUUAACCUACGCUUUAAUAAAAUAACGACAUUUUCA